AUGAAAUAAGAACUAGUUGCACCUAAACCAUAUUUUAGUAUUUUAAAAUAGCAAUAACCAUCUACUCCAGAUGAUGUAUUAUCAUAUAAUAGCAGUAAAUCAAUGAAGUUAUUGAAUAAUGCUACUCUUAAAGUUCGUUAUGAUAGAUUUGGAAAUGUCAUAGAUAAAAAAAGAAGAGAUCAUUAAAUUUCUUUUAGAGAUAAAGUUACAAAAUAAUAAAGAGUUUAUGAUUUGUUUGUGUUUGAUUAAUUCAAAUAUGAAUAUUUAUAAAUAGAGAAUAGUAAAUAAUAAAAAAAGACUAGAUGUUGUUCAAUUUAAUGA